AUGUCAGCAUUCAACAAGUAUAAUGUAAAUCUAUUUUAUAAUAAUCUGCAAAGUCUUUUGAUUAAAUACAAGUUUUCACCAAAUGAUAUAUGGAAUGUUGAUGAGACUGGUGUUACUACUGUACAAGUGCCAGAGCAUGUUUUAGCCAAGAGAGGAGAGAGGCAAGUUGCUUCUGUUACAAGUGCAGAACGAGGUAUCUUGGUAACAAUGUGCAAUGCAGUAAAUGCAAGUGGAUCCUCAAUAACACCAUUCUACAUAUUUCCACGUGUUCAUUUUAAAGAUUUUUUUCUGCGAAAUUCAAUUCCUGGUUCUGUUGGCACUGCCAACAAAUCUGGGUGGAUGGUGGAAUCAACCUUUAUGGAGUGGUUUAAUCAUUUUAUAAAAAGUGUUCGACCAUCUAAGACAAACCCUGUGCUGUUGAUACUAGAUAAUCAUGAGUCUCAUAUGUCAAUUAACUUCAUUGACUUAGCAUCAGAUAAUGGUGUAAUUGUUUUAACAAUCCCACCCCAUACAUCACACAAACUACAACCGUUAGAUAUAACAGUCUGGUUGGUAUCACAUCCAGGAAAAACUGUUUCAAUCUAUGACAUUGCAGAAAUUUCUGGAAAGGCUUGGGCAAAAGUAUCAAUGCCAGUUAACAUCAUUAGUGGUUUUUCAGUAUCUGGAAUAAGUCCUUUUCAACCUUAUCGGUGGAAGGAUGAGGAUUUUUUUUUAUCUCAGGUUACAAAUAGACCCAAUCCUGAAACACUCAACAUCAAUCCAGUGUCAUUAGAAAUUAUUAGACCUAAUACUGAAGCACUUAACAUCAACCCAGUUUCAGUUGAAAUUAAUAGACCUAAUCCUGAAGCACUCAAUAUCAAUCCAGUUUCAGUAGAAGUUAUUAGACCUAAUCCUGAAGCACUCAACAUCUAUCCAGUUUCAGAAGAAAUAAAUAGAAAUGUUAAAGUCAACAAAAAUGUUAGCAAUACCCUGAAUGUGGAAAGUAUACGCCCUUAUCCUUCUGCAAAAGCUCGUUUAAAAAAACCAAAGGUGCUCGCAAAAAGCUCUCCUCUUCGAUUCUAA